UGAAGCACCCUGGGAGACCUGGAAGUCUCCUUUGUCUUCAAAAAUAAUGAAAAGUGGUUACAGACUAAUAUUCUUGUCGGCCCGACUAUUGUUCACGAAUAGUCGGUCCCAACAUACCUUAGUCACUAAGGCUUAGUGUAUUUAAAUACUUUAAAUUAGCAUCGGGAGUGGGUCCUCUCUAUGGAGGCUGCCAUGUUUUUUUACAGUAGCUCAGACUGGACAAACUAAACCUUUUGAGUUUUUAUGACAACUGUAGGCUACCUCAGGUUCUCUUUCACGUUUGGAAGUGGAGGGUGAGGUGAGGGGUCUUCAGCUGCAACAUACAACUUCACCAAUAUAGAGGUCACUAACUUCUACACACUGAACCUUUAGCGUUUUUCAACAUUUUCAUUAAUUGCUCAGAGAAUAACUCAUGAAUCUUGAUGUGAAAUCAGGAAUGAUAAGGGGACCAGUUCUGGCAAGAGUCCACACACAGAGACAAAACCACAAAAUCCAAAAUAUACUCUUUAUAAAAGGAGUCAAAGUCUAGUCAUGACAUAUUGUAAAGCAUACAGACCUUUUGUGAAUUUGAGUCAUUUCAUAUGGCAAUAGUAAUUGAAAAUGAACAUAAACAUCUGCUUGUUGUAUUCUGUCCUGGUCUUGUCUGGGAGCCUUCACCGGAAGUGGCCCCACGGAGGAGGCUUUGCAGGCAGAGGGACAGACUGACUAUAUAAGAGCCGCUGUCGACACUUUGCACAUUUCCAGUUCCAUGAUUGAGCGCAGAAAUAAAACCCAGCAGCAGAGCACCUUUGGGAAACUCUAAGGAGCGAUGACAAAGAACAAAAAGAAUAGAACUGGUGCGUACGCCGCGGCUGUGCCAAAUGGAUGCGUACAGAGCCACAAAGAGCUGGAGGGACGGGGGCACUGGGGAUCCAAGGCUGAGUUCAUCCUGACUGUGAUGGGCGCGAUCAUCGGACCUGGGAACGUGUGGAGGUUUCCCUACCUGUGCUACAGAAACGGCGGAGGUGUGUUCUUCAUCCCAUACUUCUUGUUUAUGUUUACAUGCGGAAUCCCACUCUUCUUCCUUGAGACUGCUUUAGGACAGUACACCAACCAGGGGGGGAUCACGUGCUGGAAAAGGAUUUGUCCACUUUUUCAGGGCAUGGGCUUUGCAAGUCACUUAAUCAUCGCAAUCAGCGCAACCUCCUACAUCAUCAUCAUUGCGUGGGCGUUCUUUUACCUGUUCUUAUCAUUCAGCCAGGAUUUGCCCUGGGCCUCGUGUGGACACCACUGGAACACAGACUCGUGCUUGGACUUCAACAAUCCAAACCUGAGCCUCAGCAUGAUGGCCAAAGAGAACGGCACUCUUCCUGUUGUGGAGUUCUGGCAGCGGCGAGUUUUGAAACUCUCCAAUGGAAUCGAGGAGGUGGGCAGCUUGAGGUGGGAACUGGUCUUGUGUCUCAUCCUGACAUGGGUCAUCUGCUACUUCUGCGUUUGGAAGGGCAUCAAGUCCACUGGAAAGGCAGCCUACUUCACUGCCACCUUCCCCUUCGUCAUGCUGUUAGUUUUGCUGGUACGCGGGGUUACGCUACCUGGGGCAAUGCAUGGAAUCAGUUACUACCUCUACCCUGACAUCUCACGCCUUUCAGAUCCCCAGGUGUGGAUGGACGCUGGCACUCAGAUCCUCUUUUCUUAUGCCAUCGGCCUUGGGUUCCUGACCUCUCUUGGGAGUUACAACACUUACAACAAUGACUGUUACAGGGACUGUCUGUACUUGUGUCUGCUGAACAGUGUCACCAGCAUCGUGGCAGGCUUUGCCGUCUUCUCUGUUUUGGGUUUUAUGACAUAUGAACAAGGAGUGGAUAUUGCAGAGGUGGCAGACUCUGGCCCAGGGCUGGCUUUCAUUGUCUUCCCACGUGCACUCGCCAUGAUGCCCAUGCCUCAGGUGUGGUCAGUGUGUUUCUUCGUCAUGAUUAUUCUGCUCGGACUGGACAGUCAGUUUGUUGGGAUGGAGUGUUUGAUGACAUCACUAGUUGAUCUGUUCCCAACUCACCUGCGCAAGGGCUGUAGGCGUGAGCUGCUUCUGCUGGCCAUCUGCACCUCCUGCUGUCUGCUGGGAUUCUUACUGGUAACAGAGGGAGGGAUGUACCUGCUCCAGCUGUUGGAUCAUCAUGUCUGCAGCGGCACCACGCUCAUCCUCCUCUCUUUUUUUCAGUCUGUCAGCAUUGGCUGGGUCUAUGGUGCUGAUCGUUUCUAUGACAACAUCACAGACAUGAUUGGUUAUCGUCCAUACCCGUUAAUGAAAUACUGCUGGUGCUUCAUUACUCCCAUCACCUGUAUGGGCACCUUCAUCUUCUCCAUUGUCAAAUACUCCCCGCUGAAGUUCAGUAACACGUAUGUUUAUCCACUCUGGGCCAACAUCUUGGGCUGGUUCAUUGCCACCGUCUCCCUCUCCCUCAUCCCACUGUUUGUGUUGGUGAAAGUGUUGCAGGGAAAAGGCACUCUACGACAGAGGUUCGUCUUGCUCUGCCAGCCUGUGGACGACCUCCCCUGGAAUCAAAAACAUCCUCCUGCACUGGGAACCAACAGCACCGCGGCCUACGCAGAAGAGCUCAAAUGUUUAUCCGACACCGAGGAAGUCACUAAAUGAACUCACAAACAAGUUGUUUAGCUGAGUGCUGCUCUGCAAAUGAGUGUGCAGGUCAGCUUUUUCCCCUGUGUUUGGGCCAAACUGCACCAAUGAACGUCUUCCAAAGUGCGAAUUGAAAACGUACAUGUUAAACGGAACAUUUGAGAAAUGAUUAUGUCACCGCUAACAUCAUUAGUGUUCUUCUCUGGUAUUUGACUUUAUCGCCACCUACUGGUCCAACAUGCUUGGUUGAGCGUUUGUACAAAAUGUUUGUGUUCUCGUCUGGACAAAGAUAUUUGUUAAGUGAAGGUCUUUUUUACAUAGCUGAAUAUAUUCAUUCCAAUAGAUAUCUAGAGGAGUGUAGACAAGGACUUUCAAGUUGUGAGAAUCCGCAAUAAUGUCUCGAAUGUCAACAAUGGUUUCAACUCAGAAACAACAGACAGGCAGACAUACACUCUCUCACUAGUUUCUUACAAUUGAUAACACGCUUUUUUUUUGUUAAUACUGAAAAAGGGCUACACACAGUCAACGCAGCAGAACUCAAUGUGGACUUAAUUGAUAACUUCCCAUUCAGUGGCAAAAUCUUUCAAGAUUCAACAUCUUUUUUCUCACUUGAAAUCAACCAAACCUCAGUAUUUACCAUCCAUUUUUGAAAAUGUUUACUUAACUGUUGUAAAAACACAAAUAACUGUAAACUACAUUAAAAUUUGCUUUCUAUAUUUGAAACACAAAUGCAUGAACUGCUAUUUGGGCCUCACAGCUCCAAGCCUUUGUUUUCAUUUCUUUCCGACCUCUGUGACUCAAAUGAGGUAAGAUUUGUGCAAGAUGAAAAGAAGGGUGUAUGUGAAGCAAUAUGCAGAAUGUUUUGUAAUUUGAAUGGAAUGUGACGAUGUUUCACAAGUCUACAUUUCGUGCUCUUGGAAUCACACUAUACAGAGAUACUGUAACACUGUUGGAUAAGUUUGUCCUCACGGGGUUCAGCUGCAGUUGGGUUAAGUUAGGAAAAAAGCUCAUGGUUUGAAUUAAGAUAAACCAUGAAACCAUGUUAACCACAUGCAACAGCUUAAUGACAGAAAAGCCUUGAGGGCAAACUUUCCCCAUGUGCGAGGGUAACUAAGGUUAUUCUAUAUAGCUACACUUUACAGAUGUCUCCUAUCUGGCUGUUGGUAGAAGCAACAUCACGUUCUCCAGGAUGACGGUGGACAGUAGAUGGAUAAGGACAAUGCGAAAA